UCACUUGUACGACGUCGUUUCAAAUUGCAUCUUCUCCGUCCGAAGCUGUAGUUGAAACUCAACAGAUUUCUUCCGAAGUCGUCCAAACAUUUGCUUCCUUGCUUAAAAAGUCCUGUCUGACCUGAACCUCUCUAUCUUCUCAAAAUUUUCCUUCAGUUUCCCGAGAAAAUCAAAUCUCAUCUGUCCUAAGAUAACAAAUAGUGUAUAAAAAUUUGAGCUUUAUUAUUUAAUUUCUUAUCUUUAUGUGCUAUGGCGACUCAGAGACCUCAAAGGUCACCGGAGGAGGUGGAGGACAUAAUCCUCCGCAAAAUCCUCCUUGUGUCGCUCACUGAUACCGGAGACAUAAACGAUUCUCGAAUCGUCUACUUGGAGAUGACCGCGGCCGAGAUUCUCAGCGAGGGCUGGGAAUUGAGGCUCUCGCGCGACCUCAUGGAGCGUAUCCUUAUCGAUCGCCUCUCCGGCCAGUUUCCAGUCGUGGAGCCUCCAUUUGAUUACUUACUUGGCUGCUACAAACGCGCGCACGAGGAGUCGAAGAAGAUCGUGUCGAUGAAGGACAAGAAUUUGCGGUCGGAGAUGGAGAACGUGAUUAAGCAGCUGAAGAAGCUCUGUGUUUCGUAUUGUAGAAUCCACUUAGGGAACCCCGAGCUGUUCUCUAGCGGAAACCUGAGUGGUAAGCGCAACGCUUCGCCUCUCUUGCCGCUGAUUUAUGCGGCUGUGGAUGGGUUUGGUAGUGGUGGCGGGGUCCAGUGCCCGCCUGGGUUUUUGGAGGAGUUCUUCAGAGAUGCAGAUUUCGAUACACUUGACCCAAUACUGAAGGGACUGUAUGAGGAUUUGAGGGAAAACGUGGUUAAAGUGACGGCUUUGGGGAAUUUUCAGCGGCCAUUACGAGCAUUGCAAUUCUUAGUUAGCUUUCCUGUUGGAGCAAAGUCUCUGGUCAGUCAUCCAUGGUGGAUACCGAAAGGGGUUUACUUGAAUGGUCGUGUCAUCGAAAUGACCAGCAUUUUAGGGGCCUUUUUCCACGUUAGUGCCCUACCUGAUCAUACGUUAUUCAAGAGCCAGCCAGAUGUUGGCCAGCAAUGCUUCUCUGAAUCAUCAACUCGUCGACCAGCUGACUUGUUAUCUGCAUUUACCACAAUCAAGACUGUCAUGAAGAACUUACAUGAUGGUUUAGCAGAAGUCCUACUUACGCUUCUCAAAAAUACUGAUACCCGUGAGAAUGUUCUCGAGUAUCUUGCAGAGGUGAUCAAUAAAAAUUCAUCAAGGGCCCAGAUACAGGUUGAUCCUAUAUCUUGUGCGAGUUCAGGCAUGUUUGUCAAUCUCAGUGUUAUCAUGCUUCGGCUCUGUGAGCCAUUCUUAGAUGCAAAUUUUACAAAAAAGGACAAAAUUGAUCCUAUGUAUGUAUUUGACCAUAGCCGCUUGGAUUUAAGGGGGCUGACUGCUUUACACGCAUCAUCAGAAGAAGUUGCUCAAUGGAUUAAUAGCGAAAAUCCUGGGGCAGGUGAUGGCUCCGAUCAGUCUGUUGAAGGUGACAGACGCUUGCUGCGCUCUCAAGAAGCCACUAGUUCCGGAAGCAGCAUUGGUGGAGUUUCUCCCCAAAAUACCAACCCUGUAUCAAGUAGUGUACAGAGAACUAAAUACCCAUUUAUUUGUGAAUGCUUCUUUAUGACUGCGAGGGUGCUUAACUUGGGCCUGUUGAAAGCGUUUUCCGACUUUAAGCAUUUAGUUCAGGACAUUUCAAGAUGUGAAGAUGCCCUCUCCACUUUAAAAGCCAUGCAAGGGCAAGCAGCUUCUCCACAAAUGAAUUUGGAUAUUGCUCGACUUGAGAAAGAGUUGGAGAUGUAUUCACAGGAAAAGCUUUGUUAUGAAGCUCAGAUACUGAGAGAUGGAACACUUAUUCAGGAUGCACUCUCUUUCUAUCGGCUGAUGUUGGUUUGGUUGGUGGGCCUAGUUGGUGGAUUUAAAAUGCCUCUGCCUUCUACUUGCCCUAUGGAAUUUGCAUCCAUGCCUGAGCACUUUGUGGAAAAUGCGAUGGAGCUGCUUAUAUUUGCUUCUCGAAUUCCUAAAGCUUUGGAUGGAAUUUUGCUGGAUGAAUUUAUGAACUUCAUUAUAAUGUUCAUGGCAAGUCCAGAAUUUAUCAGAAACCCUUAUCUAAGGGCAAAGAUGGUUGAAGUAUUGAAUUGCUGGAUGCCCCGUCAAAGUGGGUCAUCUGCGACAGCUUCUCUGUUUGAAGGUCAUCAAUUGUCUCUUGAGUAUCUUGUGAGGAAUCUUUUGAAGCUUUAUGUUGACAUUGAGUUCACAGGUUCUCAUACUCAGUUCUAUGACAAGUUUAACAUCCGACAUAAUAUUGCGGAGCUGCUAGAGUACCUGUGGCAGGUCCCUAGUCACCGUAAUGCUUGGAGACAGAUUGCUAAGCAAGAGGAGAAGGGCGUCUAUUUGAAUUUCCUAAACUUCCUGAUCAACGAUAGCAUAUAUCUACUUGACGAGAGUCUUAACAAGAUUCUUGAGCUUAAAGAGCUAGAAGCUGAAAUGUCUAACACUGCAGAAUGGGAGCGAAGACCAGCUCAAGAGAGGCAGGAGAGGACCCGCCUAUUCCACUCUCAAGAAAAUAUUAUUCGGAUUGACAUGAAGUUAGCAAAUGAAGAUGUCAGUAUGCUGGCAUUCACAUCAGAGCAGAUUACUGCUCCUUUCCUACUACCUGAGAUGGUAGAGAGAGUGGCCAGCAUGCUCAAUUACUUUCUGUUACAGCUUGUGGGUCCUCAAAGAAAAUCACUUACUCUUAAAGACCCAGAAAAAUACGAAUUCCGUCCAAAACAGCUGCUUAAGCAGAUUGUCUACAUAUAUGUUCAUCUGGCAAAGGGUGAUACCGAAAAUUGUUUCCCAGCUGCCAUCUCUAGAGAUGGCCGUUCUUACAAUGACCAGUUGUUCAGUGCUGCGGCAGAUGUCCUUAGGAGAAUUGGCGAAGAUGGGAGGGUUAUACAAGCAUUUAUUGACCUAGGUGCAAAAGCCAAACUUGCAGCUUCUGAGGCAAUGGAUGCUGAAGCUGCUCUUGGAGAGGUACCUGAUGAAUUCCUUGAUCCUAUUCAGUACACGUUGAUGAAGGAUCCAGUGAUCUUACCUUCUUCAAGGAUCACUAUAGACCGGCCUGUCAUUCAAAGGCAUCUUCUCAGUGAUAGUUCUGAUCCAUUCAACCGAUCCCAUCUCACCGCGGACAUGCUGAUUCCAGACACAGAGUUGAAGGCGAAAAUAGAGGAAUUCGUUAAGUUCCAAGCAUCGAAGAGGCACGGCGAAACCAUAAGCAUUCAUAGUAACACUAAAGGAACAAUUCAAACCACACAUGGAGGAGACAUGUUAAUUGAUUAGUGCUGGUAUGUAUUAUUAUUUAUGGACUGGAAUGAUGGUUCAUAUUUUGCUGAAGGUGGAAUAUUAUAUAUUGCUGUCAUUUGGAAUUUUAAAAUGAAUGUAAUUAUUUCUUGUAUUUGCAAUCCAAAUUGCAUUUCUUUCCCAAGGAAAAUGUUAGAAAGACACGAUUUUUCAGUUUA